AUCGCGGGGCGAGGCGGGUCCUGGGGCGGGUCUUGGGUCGGCGCGAGGCUCGUGGGGCCGGUGCGGGCGCGGUGCCGGAGCGGAGCGGAGCGAUGGGGCCGGGCCGGGCGCUGUGGCUGGGGCUGCUGCUGGGGGUCCUCGGCGGGGCGGCGAGCGAGCUCCAUUCCCUGCGCUAUUUCGAUAUCGCGGUGUCAGAGCCCAGCCCGGGGGUGCCCCAGUUCGUGUCCGUGGGGUACGUGGACGGGACCCUCAUUGCACGCUACGACAGUGAGACGGGGAGGGCGGUGCCUGGGGCGGACUGGAUGAGGGACAACCUGGAUCAGCGGUACUGGGACAGGGAGACCCAGAGUGGACAGAGCAAUCAGCAGGUUAACCGUGUGGGCCUGGACACACUGCGGGGCCGCUACAACCAGAGCGGGGGGGCUCACACGCUGCAGCGCAUGUACGGCUGUGACCUCCUGGAGGAUGGUAGCACCAGGGGGUAUUUGCAGGACGCCUACGAUGGGAGGGACUUCAUCGCUUUUGACAUGGACACGAUGACGUUCACUGCGGCGGACGCAGCAGCGCAAAUCACCAAGAGGAAGUGGGAGGCGGACGGGACUGAAGCUGAGCGACGGAAGCACUACCUGCAGAACACCUGCGUCGAGUGGCUGAGAAAAUACGUGAGCUACGGGCAGGCCGUGCUGGAGAGGAAAGAGCGCCCCACGGUCCGAGUGUCGGGGCAGGAGACCCCCGGGAUCCUGACCUUGCACUGCCGCGCUUACGGCUUCUACCCGCGGCCCAUCACCGUCAGCUGGCUGAAGGACGGCGAGGUCAGGGACCACGAGACCGAGCGGGGCAGCAUCGCGCCCAACAGCGACGGCACCUACUACACCUGGGCCUCCAUCACGGCCCGCCCGGAGGAGAAGGACAAGUACCGGUGCCGUGUGGAGCACACCAGCCUGCCCGAGCCCGGGCUUUUUGCGUGGGAGUCGGAGUCCAACCUGUUGGCCAUCGUGUUGGGCGUGAUUGUUGCCAUCCUGGUUGUCAUCGCCAUCAUCGCUGGAGUCGUCAUUUUGAAGCAGAGAUCAGGGAAGAAGGGCUACGGCAUGGCGUCAAGCACGGACAGGGGCGCUGGCAGCUCGGCCCAAGUGAUGAACGCCUAACCGCUCCACAAGGGACUGGGGGGCUGGAUGCGGCCCCCUGCCCUCUCACCGGCUGAACACAGAGGUGCUGGAGGCGGCUGGGAGCUGCCCGCAGAGAGCUGGUCACGCUGCGCCUGCCACACUGGGGGCUCUUCUGGCUGGGUGAACUGCCUUCUUUACAAUACUUUUAAAAUUGGGCAAUCGAAUUAUUACCAAUGUUUUAUUUUUGAGAUUGUAAGUGAUUUCUGCUGUGCGUGCAUUUCCUGGUGCGCACAAUGAAUGAUCCCCACCCUCCGGCGGGCUGAGCCUCCUCUCCUGGUGCCUGGGCUGCACUCACAGCCUUGGGUCAAGGGUUAAGCUGACUUUAUCUGGGUAAAUAAAAGAUAAAAGCUGAGAGUAAGGAGGAGGAAUGAGGGACAUUCAUUAUUUACAAUGUUUGUUUUCUGGAGCAACCGCUGCACGUACUGAAGCCCUGCUUCCCAGGAGGUGGCCAGACAUCGCCUGCUGAUAGGAAACAGCGAAUAAAUCUUUUGGUUUUCCUUUGCUUCUGCACAUGGCUUUUGCUUUUGCUUUAUUAAACUGCCUUUAUCUUGCCCCA